AUGGAGCCCGGCGGCGGCCAGGGGGCUGCGGGCCGCGGGCCGCGGGUGGUGGUGGUGGGCGGCGGCAUCGCGGGGCUGGGGGCCGCGCAGAGGCUCUGCCGCCACCCGGCCGUCCGCCACCUGCGGGUCCUGGAGGCCACGGCCCGCGCCGGGGGCCGCAUCCGCUCGGAGCGCAGCUUCGGUGGUGUGGUGGAGGUAGGCGCUCACUGGAUCCACGGGCCCUCUCAGGGCAACCCCGUCUUCCAGCUGGCUGCCCAGUACGGGCUGCUGGGGGACAAGGAGCUGUCAGAGGAGAACCAGAGGAUCGACACCGGAGGCCACGUGGCGCUGCCCUCCGUGUCCUACGCCAGCUCCGGGGAGAGCGUGAGCCUCGGGCUGGUGGUGGAGAUGGGCCACCUGUACUACAGCCUCAUAGACCGGUCCCGGGAGUUCCUGCAGGCGGCCGAGGCCCCGGUGCCCAGCGUGGGGGAGUUCCUCAGGAAGGAGAUCCGCCAGCACGUGGCCGGCUGGACAGAGGACGAGGAGACCAAGAAGCUCAAGCUGGCCAUUCUGAAGAACUUCUUAAACAUCGAGUGCUGUGUGAGCGGCACCCACAGCAUGGACCUGGUGGCCCUCGCUCCCUUUGGGGAGUACACCGUGCUGCCAGGGCUGGACUGCACUUUUCCCGGGGGCUACCAAGGACUCACAGACCGCAUCAUGGCCUCCUUGCCCCCGGACGUGAUGGUGUUUGACAAGCCCGUGAAGACCAUCCACUGGAACGCGAACUUCCAAGUAGCUGAGUCUCAUGGGGAGAGGUUUACAGUGCUGGUGGAGUGUGAGGACGGACACUACUUCCCAGCACAUCACGUGAUCCUUACCGUGCCCUUAGGUUUUCUUAAGGAACAUCUGGACACCUUCUUCCAGCCGCCCCUGCCUGCCGAGAAGGCAGAAGCCAUCCGGAAGAUGGGCUUUGGGACGAACAAUAAGAUCUUCCUGGAGUUCGAAGAGCCCUUCUGGGAGCCGGACUGCGAGCACAUCCAGGUGGUGUGGGAGGACACAUCGCCCCUGGAGGACACCGCUGACCCGAUGCAGGACGCCUGGGUCAAGAAGCUGAUUGGCUUCUUGGUCCUGCCUUCCUUCGAGUCUUCCCACGUCCUCUGCGGGUUCAUCGCCGGACUUGAGUCCGAGUUCAUGGAGACGCUGUCGGACGAGGAGGUGCUUCAGGCUCUGACCCGCGUGCUUCGCCGGGUGACAGGGAACCCACAGCUCCCCGCGCCCAAGAGCGUGCUGAGGUCUCGCUGGCACAGCGCUCCCUACUCCCGAGGAUCCUACAGCUACGUGGCCGUGGGCACCAGCGGGGAUGACAUUGACCUGCUGGCUCAACCGCUCCCUGCGGACCCAGAGAAGGCCCCGCUCCAGAUCCUGUUCGCAGGAGAAGCCACCCAUCGGACGUUCUACUCGACCACGCACGGGGCUCUGCUCUCUGGCUGGAGGGAGGCUGACCGGCUCAUCGAGCUGCUGGACGCCGAGGCGCAGCUGCAAGGCCCCAGGCUCUGA